AUGGUACGGUCAGUGUGGGGGUCCAUGGCUACGUUCACCCUUGAACACAUAGUAAAUGCAUUAAACGGCACAGUUUCUGAAGAUUCAAAUACAAGAAAACAAUGCGAACAGGCCCUAGCACAAAUUUGUGCAUCUCCAGGUGCCUGCAGUUCACUACUCAGUGCUUGUACUAAUAACCAAAUUCAAAUUAUAGUUAGGUUAGGAGCAGCUAUUAGAUUGAAGAAUGAAGUUAAUCUUAAGUGGAGUGGCAAUGACGAACUUGCAGAGUUUGAUAAGGAUCAGGUUAGGAACAAUUUGUAUGAGUCAAUCAAAGCUUGUGUUGGUGAAGAAUGCGCAAAUAUUCGUGCAGUUUUACUCGAAUGCUUUAGAGUGAUUACUUGUUGUGAUUUUCCAGAAAAAAUGGGUAACCUUAUAAAUGUAAUUGUCUCAGACAUAUGCCAAAGGGAGGACUCUGUGAGGGUGAUCGUAGCCCUAACAGCACUAAGACAGGCUUUGAGCAGCUACGAAUACAGUCCGAAUGAUUCUCCAGCAAUUGCACAAAGUAUCAAUUCCAUUGUGGAUAUGAUCUCCCAUCCGCUGAUAUCAGUGGCCUCUGAGGCAGCAAAUUCUGGAAUAAGCAAUUCCACAGCCGCAACAGUUAUACAUUAUGUAGUGAAAAUAUAUUGGUCUUUUGCUCUACUUUCAAAUGCUACUUGUGACAAACUGGCCAAGUUGGCUCCCAGUUGGAAUCAAUUGUUAUUAUUUGUGUUGGCUUCAGAUUAUUCUCAAGCAACCGCCCAUGGGAAUGGUGUUGAUGAACGUGAGUGGGAUACAAUGGGUUCUAAUAUUGAGGGGAUUAAGUGUCUAAAGUGGACGUUACGGGUCACUAACCGUUUUGUGACCAGAUACACCUCAAAAACACAUGUUGAUUCAUCAAAUCCAGUGAAAUGCAAUUUGUAUAACAUUUUUAUUACUGGCGGAGCUGUAUCAAACGCAUGUCAAUCGGUGAUAUCGUUAAUCAAGCAGCACUACAGCUCUAAGAUAUUCCUCCCCUCUUCAAUUUUGUACAGUGCUAUUACAUUUCUAAAGCGCUGUCUUCAGAUGGGAAUGGUGUAUAAGAAUGUUAUAAAACCUCAUAAUGAAGAAUUAGCUCUGAUAAUGUACAAUACACUUAAAUUGAAUGCAGCGGAUGAGCAAAUGUUGGAGGAUGAUAGACGAGAGUUUAUAGAGUGUCAAAUGAACGAAUGCUAUAACUACUUAACUCCUAGACAAGCAGUUUCAGAAUUUAUUACCUACUCAACCAAAUACCGUGGUUCGGAUUUCAUGUCCAUAUAUAUAAUGUUGUUAGGCAGGUAUUUACCCAGUAAAGAUGUGGCGGAAAAGUUUGGCUCAAUGUCAUUACUUGGAUUAUUAUCCGACCGUUUAACAUCUAAAAAGAGAAUGAAUGACUUCAAUCUAUUCAAUACGUUGUCAACUCAUGUAAUGCCGGAAUUCGGUUCUGAUUCUAUGUGGUUGCAAAUUAAGGCGUGUUGGGUAUACUCUAUAUAUGUAACAGUGGCUGACAAGUGGGCUGUAAAUCGUGAUCAGCACUUGACACAAGUUUAUAAGUUUAUCUUUGAAAAGUGCAUGGAUUCAAAUUUUGUAAUCAAGGCUAUUGCCGUAGGUUGUGUUAAAGAGUUUUUUAAUGUCAACUCGGAACAUUUGCAAUCGGUAAUUACUGCUACAGUGGCCCAACUUGUUCCCAUAAUAUUUGAGAUAAUGGCUGAAUUGGAGAUAGAAACUGUGGCCAGCACCUUGAAUGACAUGAUUGACAAGUAUAAGGAUCAUGUUACUCCUCAUUCUGCGGAGAUAGCAGCCCAUUUAGUUAGUACUUUGAAGGUCUUAUUGCUGGAGAAGGAUGACGAAACUGGCGAUUUUUCACUAACAGCAUUGACACUGUUACAGACCCUUACUACACUAUGUGAUUCGCUUGUUGACAGAAAAGAGACACUAGAUGACACAAAAUGCGAUAUAGAGGGGAUGAUUAUGAAUCACAUAGUACCCCUUAUCUCCUACAUCUUCGACAAAAAAUGCGUCGAUUACUAUGAUGAGAAUAUAGUGUUAUUGUCGCUAAUAAUCAAGCUUACCAGACAACCUGGGAUAUUUUACAGCUACAUGGACAAGAUACUGCAAGCAGUGUCUAGUCAGAAUGAUGCUGAUGAUGCAUCUGAUAUGGGGUUUUUGUAUGUAGAGCAAAUGAUCCAAAGCAGUUUAAUGGCAAUUAAACUUUUAUUUCAAAGGGAUCCUCAAACAUUUUGUAACAAUAUACACUACCAGCAAAGUUUGAUGGCGAUUGUUGAUCGCGCCACAAUUGAUCAGGAUAUCCCAUCUGCAUGCAUUCUCCUAGGCCUAGCACUUUUUGCCACUGCCAACAGUCAGACUGGGGAUGCGUUUUUAACGCAAUCAAUAGACUUGUUUAACAAGGCUAAGAUCCAGCAGCCACAAGACUGGGAUGAUACUGAUAAUAGGAGGGUUUGUAAGCUCGUCCUUUCGUCACUCUACUACUCCACCGUUAAAUAUUGUGCGCUCAUAGAUCGCUGUGAAAUGGGAGCUAAUAAACUUAAAAGCCUCAUAGACUAUAUAGCAAAUACUACAUAUAGCGUUUCAGAGAGGAAAUUGAUGAUACUUUCGCUUAUCAGAAUUUUUAUGUCGUUAGAAAACGCACAAACCACUGGCAGCCUAUCUGUGUUGAGUUCUUCACUGGCACCGCUAUCCCAUACACUAGCAAAUGUUACCCUGGUUAAUGCGGAGGUGAAGAAGAGUCUCAAGUCAGAAUCUACCAGUGAAUCUGACUCAGGGAGUGAACACAGCUUCCUCGAUUAUCAGGACACCCAUGUAACAAAUAAUAAUGGCAGUUAUGACAGCGACUACGAAGAUGACAGUGAUUAUGAUAGUGAGGAAGAGAGUGAGGAAUUGGCAGUGAAAGAUGACGAGUACAGGAUACUAGGCCAGUACAUAAACUCCAGCCCCUGGGCUCAAUCUCUCCUAUCGCAUACCCUAGGGCAAUCAACAUUCGCCCAGUUGGUUCAAACGAUUAAGGCCAAAUUAUAA